AUGACGCUCAUUAGAGUAGCAAUCGUCGGCCUUGCGUCGUCCGACAACACGUCUUGGGCAAGCAAUGCUCACUUGCCUUAUCUACUGUCCCCAAAAGGUCGUGAGAAGUACCAGAUUGUCGCUCUCUGCAACUCUAGCGUGGAAAAGGCACGUCACGCCAUCAAAGUCUACGAUCUACCAGCUGAGACCAAAGCGUUUGGCGACCCCGGAGCCCUCGCUAAAGAUGAGGAUGUCGAUCUGGUUGUCUGUUGCACGCGCGUUGAUGUGCAUUACAAGACAAUUCUCCCCAGUAUCCUUGCCGGCAAGGCAGUUUACCUCGAGUGGCCGCUUGCUCAUGAUGUUAAACAUUCCCAGGAGCUCGUCGAGGCUGCACGUAUGGGCAUAGGCUCGACUAUUGUCGGUUUGCAGGGACGAGUCGCACCUGUUUUUGUCAAGAUUCGUGAGCUGCUUGAGCAGCAACGGGUGGGCAAGGUGGUUAGCAGCGAGUUCAGAGCUAUCGACAGCCCUACCAAACCCGAUAUGACCUUGCCAGUUGACUUGAAGUACUUCACACAAAAGGAAGUAGGGGGUAAUCUCUUCACCAUAUACUUUGCUCACCUGUGGGAUCAGGUCCAGCACGUGCUUGGCGAAGUGGAAAACCUCACGUCGCAUUUUCAAAUCCAACACCCCAACCUCAAAAUAGUAGACCCCUCUACACGAGCAGUCCUUGAAACGGUUCAAUCCGACGUUCCAGAUCUUAUCAUUGUUGCUGGAACAAUAGUCGAAAGCUCUAACAUUGCGCAGAAAACGGCCACGGUGUCAGGCCACUUCCGCUUCGGUGCCACGUUUCCAGGCGAGCCUCGUUUAAAAUGGUCCAUCAACUGUGAGAAGGGUGAGAUUCGGCUAACGGCUGGAAGCUCCCUUCUACAGGCGAGGGGAUAUGAUGAACCUGUGGUUCUGGAAGUUUAUGAGUUUGGGACCGGCAAAAUCGAGGCUAUCGAGUGGACAUGGAGUAAUUGGCAGAAAGACUUGCCCAUUGCUGCAAGGAGUGUCGCUGAACUUUAUGAGCGAUUCGCUGCUAGUUCAGGAGACGUGCCAACAAUUGAGGAUGCGUUGCAUCGACAUAAGCAGCUCGAGGUUAUCUCGUUCAUUGCCAAUGGCAUACCAAAAUGA